AUGACAAAGCCAUUCCUCUGGGCGCAAUCGUUAUAUGUCAUUUGUUGCCUGCUCUACGAAGGAUUUCUGACACCGGCUGAACUUGAUCCUUUGAGUCGAAGAUUGUCAGCUCAUCAGAAGCGUCCGCCAUGUGAAGUGCAAGUCACUAUUCUGGCUGCAAAUAGCGAGGUACAGCGAGAACUGCGUUCUAAUGGUAUCCUUGUCCAACGCAUAGAUGAAAUCGACCCUGUGUUCACAAUUCUCCCCGCAUCGUCUCUUGCUGAGAUUCACUCGAGGAUUGGACAAUCGAAGAGGCUCAAUCUGACUGGACGACCUUUGGACAGGGAUGUGGGAUUGCUAAGUACCAGUCGUUUGUAUCAGAUCGGGCAAAAAUUUGUGAUUUUUACCCCUCAGUUCAUGGAUAGUCGCCGAUCUCAUUUGAUGUACGAUAUCCGUAUCCUUAUGGAUGAAUGGAGCUCCGAGCUACAGUACAUCUAUGCUUCCUGGAACUCUGUCAGCAUUAGCGGAAGACCUUUGGUGGUACUCGUUGUUAGCAGCGAUAUGCUUACGACGGUAUGA